CUCCAUUAAGUUAAAGCUCCACAGCAUAGAAAAAACCAUCUUCAUACUAUUCCUUCCAAUUCAACACUCUAUUAAUGGCUACAAGACACCCUUUUUCAGGUUCUCUUGUAAUUCAAGAACCUGCUUCAAACCGAAGGCCUGGAAAUAGACUACUAAUGUGUGCCAACAAUCAAAUCCGAAUCAAUAGUAAACUUCUUCAGAUCAGAUCAUCAAUCAGGAACAAGGUUUUCGAAGAUCUGUCCUCCGGUAUUGUUUGUUAUAAGGAUGAUAACGGAGAGAUAACAUGUGAAGGAUACGAUGAGGGUCCUCGUUAUCUCCAGAAAUCGACGAAAAUCACUUGUGAUUCAAGAGAUGUCGAGAUCGUUGACCUGUUUCACAGAUGUUGGCUUCAAGCGGCUGAUGAUAAUGAGCCUAAAACUGCAGACAAAGGGGUUUCAGAGCACAAGGGCUUAAACUGUAAUGGUUUCAACACAUUGUGCUAAUUGUUUAUAGGAAUUAUUGACUUCAGUUAAUAACAUGUACAGAUCUUUUGAAUGUAUCAUAUAAGAAUACUUUCUCAAAUCCAUUCAGAGUGAAUAAGAGUUUCAAUUAGGAUCUCA